UCGACCCAGCCUAUAAACUGGCUACUCAUCCCUACCUCUCUUCUUGCUCCAAUUCGUAAAAGCCACCAUAGUGUAGUGCUCAUCCUCCAUCCACCCAAGUCCAUCGUUCCGCCCACAGCUCCACACCAUCAACCAUGGUCCAACCCCCCGCCGCCGUUGUCCAAGCCCAGCCGGUUUCGGAGGUCGAGGCGGGAGAUCCCGUCCUGGUCCGGGAUUUCUUCAGGCUUCUUUCUCUGGGGUCGGAGGCAUCCGUUCCGCGAGACGGUGUCGUCUGCUGUUACAUGGACGUAUCCGCUCUGUUCCUGUACUACAGGAACAUGAGCGGCGUUCUGGUGCUGGUGCCGCAUGUCCGUCCGAUGUGCGACGCCCCGCUGAUGGUGCAGCAGCUCCAGAAGAUGGAGAUGCGGUCGGAUUGGGAAAUCCCAAAUCUGGCCGCCCUCAAGGACGUCGCGACCGCCUCAGAUGCUCUUGGGCGCAUGGGCAAGAUGAUGCUGCAGGCGCGCCGCGUCCUCAAGACUCUGAAGAAUUACCCGGAUGGCGAGGAGGGAUUGGAGAUACUCUUCUACAACACUCUUCUGGGGGAGGCGCUCACCAGGGCGCGCGAGGCCAUACCAGCCGUGAUAACCUCCGCUGACCUGCUCGUGUUCGACAACGGGGAGGUGCGGCUGAUGGCGCUCUCCCUCGCUCACCAAGCGAUGAGCACCGUCGAGGCUUGCCUCGGUGCUGUCCACGAGGGAAAGGGCUUGACUGGGCGUGAGAUGCACCGCCUCGUUAAGAAGGUCCUUCGCCCGCUGAGCUACCUCAGGAAGGUGAAGGUCAUCGACCUCCCAAGGUUCAACCCCUUUGACGUCUGAGUUCUGUCUUGGAUUUAUCUUUAUCCUGCAAUCCAGCUAGUUUUUUUUCUUUUGAGGGGAACUAAGAAGUGGAAACAAGAAAUGUUUGAGCUAGUAUGUUUGCCUUUCAUGUCUCGUUCUAUUUUAGUUGUGAUCCUGAGUUAUUGUUAUCAAGAGUGCAAGAUCUUCUGAUAUUUAUCGACCUAUCUCAAUGGAAACUUUAUUAUUAUGUGCCUGCA